UCAGACCCUGAAGAUUAACAGUUAUCAUGCUGAGAUUUGGGCAGCACCUCAUCAAGCCCUCCGUGGUCUUCCUGAAGACUGAGCUCUCCUUUGCUCUCGUGAACCGGAAGCCGGUGGUCCCAGGGCAUGUCCUUGUUUGUCCUCUACGGCCAGUGGAGCGUUUCCGUGACCUGUGUCCUGAGGAAGUGGCCGAUUUAUUUCGUACGGCACAAAGGGUUGGUAAUGUGGUGGAGAAACACUUCUGCGGCACCUCACUCACCAUUUCUAUUCAGGAUGGCCCUGAAGCUGGACAAACAGUGAAGCAUGUUCAUGUCCAUGUCCUUCCAAGGAGGGCUGGAGACUUCAGCAGAAAUGAUGAUGUCUACAAGGAGUUGCAACAACACGACAAAGAGGAUUCCUCUGACAAGUGGAGGACAGAAGAAGAAAUGGCAGCUGAAGCAGCAAUUCUGAAGAAGUAUUUUCAGGAAAAUUGAAGGUAUCAAAGUGUUUGAAAACCACCCUGUGACACAAGAAACUCCCCAGAAAGAAAGACUUCAUUCUCCAGUUCUCCGUGGCCCUGGAGCUGCAGCUGAACAGUUUUAUUAUGUUCUACAAAUAUGGGAUUCUUCCAUGAAAAAUUUUAUUGGACCUUUGGAUAUCAUCAAGGUUGAGUUUCAGCUAAGACGACUAACAGCACUGAUUCAAAAUAUCGCUCUGUGUAGUAACUCAUAUUUUUCUGUAUUGUGUACUUGGGAACAAAUCUUUUUAAAUUGUCCGUUAGCCUAAAUUGAAAUAAAGUGCUAUCGAAAUCAGGUAGCCACUGUGUUUAGGCACAUUACAAAGUGUUUACUC